AACACUCCGUCGUCUCAACGAAGACUUUAACUAGGGUUUUAGCAUUCUCGUUGAAGCUCUGAGAAAACAUGCCUAAAUCAAAGCGCAAUCGCCCAGUGACUCUGUCAAAGACAAAGAAGAAGGGAAAGGAGCAUAAAGAGAACGUGUUGAAUACCAUACGCGAUUCCGUUGACAAGUACGAGUCCGCCUAUGUUAUCGCUUUCGAAAACAUGAGGAAUCUCAAGUUUAAGGGCUUCAAAGAGAAGUUGAAGUCUUCCAGCAGAUUUUUUCUUGGCUCAAACAAAGUUAUGCAAGUUGCAUUAGGUAGGUCUGCUUCUGAUGAGAUUAGGCCUGGACUGCACAAGAUUUCAAAGCUUCUUCGUGGGGAUACUGGGCUCUUUUUAACUAAUUUGCCAAAAGAAGAAGUGAAGAGAAUAUUUGAUGAAUAUGAAGAUUAUGACUUUGCUAGAACUGGAACUGUUGCCACAGAAAAGGUGGAGCUCAAUGAAGGUCCUCUUGAUCAGUUCACACAUGAAAUGGAGCCUUUCUUGCGCAAGCAGGGGAUGCCUGUUCGAUUGAAUAAAGGAGUAGUAGAGCUUGUUUCAGACUUUGUUGUAUGCGAAGAAGGAAAACAAUUAUCACCCGAGUCAGCCAGGAUACUGCGCCUCUUGGAAAUUAAGAUGGCCACUUUUAAACUCCACUUAAUAUGUCGUUGGAGUUCCGAUGAUUUUGAGAUUUAUAGAGAAGGUUUGGAAGAUUCAGACAUUGAAUCCUCGUAGAAUCAUGGGACAGCCUUGUUUGGGAUAAUUUUGAUUCUGCUGUUGUACCCUUGAGGUUGUGUUCCAAAUUUCAAGUCGAAGAUGUGGAGAUCUGCAAACCAACUUUGAUUUUUGGUUUUUAUCUUUUAGAGAUUUAUGUAUUAUUAACAGGCUGAAAAAUCUUUCAAUUUUGUUUAAUUGCUGGAACAUUGAGUGUAUCCUAUUUGAAAAUAUGUCUUGCUCAUUAUA